AUGGCUGAUCCAUGUGUUAUGCCCGGUCAACUUUCUGGCAAAUCUUUCUUGACCAUCGAAAACGCAACUAGUGGCUUGAGCUCAAGCACCGACAACCAAGAAAUAUCCAUGGAUCUAGGGCAAGGAACUAAGCUCAAGAAAAGUGCUUCGUUCACAGGUUUCGGAUCCCAUUUUGUCGGUAUAACACUGAUUCCGGAAAGGAGAAGGAGGGUUUCUGGCGGGGAUUGCGAGUACUAUCAGCAGCCCAACUUACUGCGAAAUCCGUUGGUCGUUCGUAGUGGUAAUAUACCAGAUGAUGGUGAGUGUCAUCCCAACUGCCCAUAUCGAGGAAAUCAUCAGGCACAAAACAAUUGCGAGCAGCCAUCGAAUCAAUAUCAUGAUCACAGCUAUCAGCAUGAACAAUCUGCACAGAAUCAGUCGUGUUAUUGUGACACUAGAACACCCCAGCAAAACCAUGGACAGCCAUAUCACCAGGCACGCACCCAAUCCCAGCCACGCACCCAAUCCCAUCAAAAGGAUCGACAUGGCGGCAAUGAAUUUGGAUGCGAUCAACCAUCGGGCAGAAGAGCUUACAGGACACCUUCCUCGCACUAUAUGGAGUACAGGGAGUUCCAGCACAGUCCCAAGCACAAUCCUGCUGUAGAUUCACAACGAAAGAAUCGAUUGCAAAAGAAGACCUCGGAGUGCAGUUGUGGAUCUCCUGAACCUGAACGCAAACGAGCUCAGAAAACUAAACGUUUGCAAAAACAACCAUCUGAAUGUAGCUGUGAAUCUGAGGAAAAGCAUCAUGUUCAGAGUAAACGAUUGAAGAUAUCAUCAUCCGAUUGUAGCUGUGGGGAUGAACAUUCACCGAGGAGACCGCAAGUUCAUAGAAAGAGUACCCCGGAUAAAAGUUAUUACCUAAGAAAACCAACUCCAGCAGCUCAAACUUGUCCCGUUCGUUGCCAUGCUCGCUCUCACGUUCAAGGACCACCACCUCCACCUGCCCCAAGGCGAAAAUGUCCUGCUGCUACACCGCCACCCGUUUGUAGAAAACCCACACCCAAAACCAAGCCAACGAAUUCACCAAAAGGUAAGACCAGGCAAUGUAGUGCCUGCAAUCGCUGUUCCGACGUAGAAAGCGAUGCCACUGACUACGUGGAGCACAGUCGUUCCCGCACGGAGGUACUUAGGAAUCCCCUGAUUCAAUCUCGUUCGGAGUAUGAUGACAAUGGAGUACCUCCCUACGAGAGCUAUAGUGAAGAGUGUCCUGUCCAGCGAAGAGAACGUUCUCCAAGUUGCAAGCGAACCAAACCGGAGAACCAUAGUCGUGCCUGUAAGGAACCACCAAUCUGCUCCAAUGAAACCCUAAUGGAAAAGCCGGUGAAAAGCUAUCGAUUUAGUUGCCCAGAGAAUGGCAAAUGUUCGUCCUGUCGAAAACUUUGCCCGAAAUGUCACAAGGUUGUGGCCCAAAAGAAGAAAACUUCUGCGGCCAAGAAGUGCGCAGCAUCGGUGGCCCAAAAAUGCUGUCCCAUGUGCGGAUUACUACCCAUGAUGCCGAAUAUUUCCAUUCCGGACGUUGGCAGUGGCAACCGCAUUAUCUACAAGACUUUGGGAAGAUGUCGACCGAGGAAAUUGCCCAAGACUCGAUACGAAUUGACCAUUUGCUGUAAGAAGCGCUGCCAGGGAGGUCGGAACUCGCACUACAUGACGGGCACUGUGGCCACGAGUUUGAAGAGAAGGGCCAAGGCGGCGCUGACAGAGGUUAAUCCAGUGGCGCCGCCGCGGAUGUCAAGUCACAGACAGGGUGUCAGACAAUCCCCUUUUCCACCUCAGAAUUUGCCCAGUCAUCCAGUAUCUCAGCCGACAGGACACGUUAGGAGUCCGAGCAGAGCAGGUCACUCCUAUUUAGACCAAAAUCGCUCUGGUCCAUCAACUUCUGCUCAGCCACGUGAGAGACCAGCUGCUCCACCGCCAUUUAAAAUGCGUUCUCCUUCUGCGAACGUGGUGCAGAAGUCAGAGAAACGGGAGGGGGAAAGAUACCAGCAUCCUCCCCAGCAAAGACCAAGGACCAUGCAGCCCGUUAUAGAAAUCCAUAGUACUACAAGAGGUCCCUCGAAUCCUAAGGAACAUACCACUACAUAUAGAUCACGACCAGAACCAGGACCAUCAAAUAGAUCCCAAACAGAACCAACGAAUAGACCACAAACAGAACCACCAGCAUCCAGUCGAUCUAGACCUGAACCCCAGGUUCUACCACCAUCUUUGAUAGCACCCGCCUCGAUGGAUGCGGAGAUAACCGAGCCCGUUCGACGUGGAGCUUCCUAUUUGGGCACUGAGUUGAAUCCCUUCUACAGAGGUAGUUUUCUUAGAGUUCGUCACUCAAGGGACUCACCUCAGAACCGCUUGAGUCCCAUUCACCAGAGAGGGGAGAUCUCGGAGGUGCCGAGGCCGCCAACAGUUCCAGGAAUUGGUUUACCCGUAAAGUAUACGAGGCUAAGUCAGCUGCAGGCAUGGGUAUUUGGAGACCCCUUCGUAAAGGGUAAAACCAAUACGGGAACCUGGAGCUGGCGCCAAAUUUUUGGCCGCAAAAAGAAGUGUCCUGCUUCCAAGGAUAAGCCAGCCAAGACAAUGGACGCCAGUACAUAGGCUUAGAGUCGGA